AUUCUCUCUAGGAUCCACAAUAAUUCCAUCAAAAAGUGUGAAUAUGAAAAUAAACGUCGCCCACUGCUCUUUUUGAAAUCAGUAAAACCGAGUGCCGAGCAUUUCAGUGUAUUCCAGCGAUCGCGCGAAAAGCGGUGUCGAAAUUACAGGUAGUUUAGAAUCGAAUCAAAAAUUAAAAAUGACGACCCAACCAAGGCUGGUGAAUAAGCAAUUCAACUCACCCAUCGGUCUUUAUUCCGAACAAAACGUCCGAGACGUAAUUGAACGAGAACAGCAAAUAUUAGCAAAUGGAGCUAUAGGGAUUGAUUUUCACAAUCCACAAGUAGGCAAACCUACCAAUCUACAAAAUUCUGCUGUUCUACGCAUGCUCGAAGAAGAGGAAAACAGACGUGGUGGACGUACCGGUAACCACGAUGAUUACUAUCCAAGACCUCUCCGAGAUGUGUCCUGGCCUCCUUCAGAAUAUGAACAAAAAAACCAAGUCCGAUCCCAUUUUAAAGAUGUGGUUAUUCCAGGCGUAAAAAGAGUUGCUUGGCCUCCACCGCAAGAAGGAAUUCUUGAUCCAUCUGAAGCCGAACAAACACAGCAAGUGCCUGCACAAAUACAAGGUGGACCCCAAUAUUCCAACAAGUCCCCUGGCUUCCAGCAGAAUAACUACUCUCCCCAACAGGCAUCAGUACCCUACCAACAGCCACCCCAACCGCUAUCAUCCUAUCGUCCCUUAAAACCUUUAGACGUGAGCUCUGUAGGUACCGGAUCCCCAUUAACUUCCCCAGCGAUUAACCAAAGUCCUCAAGGAUACAGACCCGCUACACCAGUAGGAUCAAGGGGCUGGGCACCCGUACAUUCUCCUGCUUCUACUCCCAUAGCUCAGUCAGCUCAAAAAUAUUUUGGUGCUCCUGCUAAUCAAUCGGUUUCCCAAUCGUAUCAUAAGGAAAUUUCUAAAACUCAAAGUUAUCAAGGUGCCUAUCAACAAACUGUUCAGCAGCAUCAAACGAUAGGACAUCAACAUCAGCAACCUAGUUUGCUGACUCAACAGUCCCACCAAUCUUAUCAAUCUCAACAAUCUUAUCAGUCGCCCCAACAAACUAAUCGCUCUACUCCUUCUUACCAGCAAUCCUCUCCUCAGCCACAAUAUAAUCAACCGCAAUCUAUCAUUCAACAAGCUUCGCCUUCCCAAAACCAGAGUCCUUACCAGUCAGUGGGUGCUCAGAAUCAGGCACCAAUUAGCAGGCCUCAGCAGCAAUCAGCUAAACACGUUGAACCUCCACCAUCUACUAUUACUCUUAGACCAGCGGCUCCAGUAAGUCAGACACCUGCUCCCGUUUAUUCAGCACAACCAGCCACGGCGUCCUUAAGGGUUGUUGUAGGAGGAAAGCACCUUCGCGGUGACUUAAAAUGGCCUCCAGAAAACGUCAAGCAAAGAAUGGAUGAGGAAAAAAGGCAUCUGGAGGAGCUAGCAAAAGGCCCAGCAUGCAGACCUACCAAGAAGGAAAAGGAUUAUACACCCUUUUUUGCACAACAUGCUUUGAACUCUACUUAUCCUGGUUAUAAAAUUCCACCAGGCACGCAAUAUUUUAGGCCGGAAUAAAAUUAGUAUAGGCAAUAUGUGAUAAUUUUAAAAAAGCUUUUAAUUUAUCUAUUUAUGAGGUAGUUUAUAAUAAAUUGAUCUUACUAUCUUAAAAGUAUAUUAUGUUUGUAUAUAAAGAUAAACAAGCUGAACUGAAGUACUAACUAAGCUCUACUUGAGUCUCGCUAAGUAUAAAAAGUUUUAAAUUUAUUAGAUUUAUAUAAGACCAUUUUAUAAAGAGCAAGACUUGAUCUUGAUUUUAAAACGACAAUAAGAAAAAAUAUAUUAGUAUCUCAUGUAAAAUGUUUCUUCAAAAAUUAUAUUGAGAAGCAUCGUAUCACCCACGUCAAUGUCCAGGAAUUAAUAUCAAAUGCACGAUGGGUGCAUACGAUUUUGGUUAGAAAUGGUAUAAGAAGAUAAUAAUUGAUGUCUAAUUAACAGAUUUUCGAUAUCAUUUGGAUUAAAACGUUAUGUAUGGGUAGUAAUAUAUUUAUUUUGUAUGUUAUUCCUAAUGUAUAAUAUAUUAAACAAGUUAAUAAUAAAUACAUAUAUUUUUGUUAUAUUACAUAAUCUUAUAAAAUUGUUAUUCUGCAGAAUAUUUAUGUGAAUGUAAACUUUAGUAAUUACUAAAAAAGCUAGAACAAACCUACUUCGCUAAAAUUAAACGAUUUAUGCCGAAUGCCGCUUUUCGAAAUCUUAUUUUAAACGUAUCGAUACGAGCUUUUGCUAAGUUUGCAAAAAAUUUACCUAUUGUAUAUAAUUAAAAAAAAAUGUACUGUGUACGAUAUAAAAACUUAAAAUAAAUUAAAUUGUAGUUUCUUUUUAGUA